AUGCCUGACAUGUCUGCCUACAGCUCGUCUCGUGCUGCAAGGCCUGAAGUCCCGACACACUCUUCCACCCAUUCCCCCACCACGUCCACAUCGUCAUCUCAUCAUUCGGAGCAAAUUUCGGCUUCUCGGAGGGGCACCGUUGACUUGGACGCAAUGAAGGAUGACUCACGAUCCCGACGAUCAUCUCCCACCUCAAACUCCACUGCUGAUCACUUUGCCGUCACGAUGCGGGGCAUGUCGAAACUGUCAUUCUCACCCACCCAUGUGGAAACGCCGGUCGUAAAGACUCCAGUCAAGCAUUUCGGCCAGUUCGGUAACAUCGGAGAUGGCUGCAGAUCUCGCGACGAAGUGCCGAUCGUUCAGUCUUCAGCGUCCUCUAUCAUUUCUAAGGACUCUGCAGGUCGCGAGAUCUCACCUUUCUCCUCCACUUAUUCCGCUUCUAGCCCUCCCACUUCAGUGGCUCCUUCCAUCGCCUCCCACUCGGCAGUCGCACCUCAGCCUCCAGUCUUUGGACUUCCCUUCUUCCCUGGGGACAAGAGCUUGCAGAAUGAAAGCGCAGCGGAGAUCGGUCGAUACUUGAUGAUUUCUCAGAUCCCCAAAGAGGUCACACCGUCUGAGAUCCGCAUCAAGAUCGGAGCCAUUGUAGAAUACAAAGCAAUCAUUGUCAAGCAUCUUCAGACCCGGGGAGUGGCAGUCGUCACUUUCUGGGAUCCGCGUCAAGCCCUGCAACUCUAUCAGCGUCUUCACGCUAAGCCUAUGAGUUUCAUCUACAAGCCUGAGCCCGUCCACCUGCAAUGCAUGAGGAUCGAGAAACAAGUUGCAGCAGAGAUGAUGGCGAAUGUGAACGAGCCUGGAGAUUGGGAAGCUCCACUUUCCUGCGUCUCCCUCGAAGUCGUUGGAGAGUAUGUCGUCAGCCUUGAGGCCAUCACCCGCGUUCUCGACUCCUUCGGAACUACUAUGUGGGUGCAAGCUCUCGGCAGCCGACGCUUCCUCGCCGAGUUUUACGACUCCCGACACGCUGCACUGGCUGUCCGAAGUCUCGAUCAGUUUCCAGUGUACGCAUCUCACAUCACAGCUAUUCUUCUCUCCGAAGAGACACGAGGGACCGGCGCCAGUACCGCAACGCCGCCUCCAUCGUCAAGGUCGCGUUCGUGGUCUGCUACUCCCCAACUCAUAGGCGCUCAUGAGCAACAACAACGUGCAAGCUUUUCGACCCCUCAACACCUUUCAGGUCAUGACGUCUUCUGGUCUCCUGCAACGGAUCACUCCAGCACUUUGAUGUCCAGCUACGGGACACCCGUAACGCCGUCCACCAACACUUCGCCUAGUCCUGGCAGCUGGGGCAGAACCUUCGAGCCUUACGGAGCAGAGACUCCCAGCUCUGCUUCAAGGCACAGAUCUCUGCCUCCACCCGUCAAGAUCACCCCAGGCUACAGCGCAAGCCCUGGCUGGUCUUCGCCUUAUGGUGGAUCUCAGGAGUUUGGUCGUCGACCUUCGGGUUUUGAUGGGCUCAGCUCUGACAGAGUACCACCGCAGUGGGAGCUCAUGGAUCGGAAGCGGGUCCCAGAGCAAAAUGUAGUGAAGAGAGAGCGAAUUUUGUCUGGGCUUGAUCCCCGAACGACAGUGAUGAUCAAGGACGUGCCUAACAAGCUCUCGCGCAACGAACUCAUUGGCAUUCUCAAUGAUGUCGUCCCUGGAGGCUUCGACUUCGUGUACCUUCGCUUCGACUUUAAAAAUCACUGCAACGUUGGCUAUGCGUUUGUCAACUUUGUCUCCGUCAAGAGUCUUUACGAAUUUCAUGUUGCCAAAGUCGGCAAGCGAUGGAAUCUGUUCUCGAGCGAGAAGGUUCUGCAGAUCUGCUACGCUACCAUCCAGGGUAAACAAGCUCUCAUCAACAAGUUCAGGAACUCUGCGGUCAUGGAUGUCAUCGAGGAAUGGCGACCUCAGAUCUUCUACUCGAGUGGAACGCGACAAGGGCUUCCAGAGCCAUUCCCCGAAUCCGAUAAUCCAGCUCAGAGAUACAGGUCCACUGCAGCUCGUCUCUUUUCGCUGAGCAACCCUAGCGUUCCUCACCCUCACGACACCUCGGAGCAGUAUUCAUACGAUUUUAUCCAUGCCGCACACGGCACCGGAUUCUAG